AUGUCGUCAGAAAACUCAAUCACUCCUGCCUCGGAGGCGCCUACAGACAGCGUAUCAAUGAUCGUGGAAGAUGCAGCCGAGGCGCCAAAACUAAAGAAAGAAAGCAGGCAGCGCCUUCCACCACCUGCAUACAAACUGCUGAAUGAUCGCCUUGAUUCGUUAGUUAAUGCUUUGGGGAUUGUGGGACAUGCAGAGUAUUGGCGCCGGAAUCAAGUUCUACCUCUUGCGGUGGAACGAGAUGAUAUGCUGCAGAAAAUAGCCGCGAUGGGUGUCGACUGGUAUACCGACGACAGGCUUAAGCACUUCUUCUAUCAGAAGAAGACUAAUGCAAAGAGGAAAGCAGCGUCGCAGCUUCGGAAUGAGCACUCUGCUUCAGCUGGGCCGUCAACCCAGGAUGGACAUGGUGGGGCCACAUAUGGUGGCAUGGAUCAGCAUCAGCAAAUUCAGUACACCCCGGAUAUUAUAGCUCGGUUGGAGCUAUUCCUGGCUACAGAACCCAGACCUACCCUUGAGCAAAUCCAGUACUUGGGAAAGUCACUCGACAUCAGUCCUGAGGCUAUACGGAUCUAUAUCCAGAUCAAGCAAAGUGUUCCUGUCAAGACUGAACCGCAAGAGCCACCACAGCUCACUGUACCACUUCCUGCUGCACAAGGCUAUGAUGCAUUUGGCGGUUCUCCUGUCAUCGAAUCAGAGACAACACAUCAUGUUCAACUGCCUACUCCAUCUCACUCCACAACACCAGAACCCGUGCCAGAAACUGAAUUGUCAACCUUGCAACCAUCCUUUAACUACCGGGUCAAUCCUCGUGAUUUCCUUAUGGCUGUUGAGAAGACUUUGCAUCCACAGGAAUAUCACCAAGUUGUUGAAGCUUUUGUUGAUGCAGGUGUUGUGGAGAAACCAGAGCUCCCACAGACUCAGCUCGAAGAUCAUCAUGUGGGCUCCGGAGUUGAUGGUAUGGAAGCUGACAAUCAUUGCUUGGCCUACCACUCCAGGGAAGUGGACCACACAAGGUCAUCCAGUACUUCUCCGAGUGCCGACAGAAAAGAUCCGAGGCCUGCUCCACAUCCAUUAUAUCAAGUAUUUCAAGAAGCAUAUUCCACCUCCAAAUCUGCAGCUCCGGAGACAGAGGUUUCACCAAGAACACAGGAAGAGUUCAACAAAGCCUUCGCCCCAUAUGAAGAUAUCAUGGAUGAUAUCCUCCGGGCCCUUGAACAUCCUAAGUCUUCAUUAUCUUGGCCACAAUAG